AACACACCGUUCAAAAGAGCACCUUAUUCUAGUUAGGUAGUGUUCACUAUUCAUCACCAUUUUUCCUCUCGCUUUCCCUUGCAAGUCACCCAUAAAAAUUGAAGAGCUAAAAGAAGUUCGUUUUUUGCUGCUCUUCAUAGUUCCGACCCAUCAUCAUUGCUUAUUGAAACUUGUCCUUUUUUAUUGGUAUUUUUUGUCUUGGUUUAAAAAAUCAUUGCUUUAGUUUAUGGGGAUCUUUGUGUAACUAUUCAUUCAUUUCUUAAGUUUUUUGUUUUUCGAUUUCUUCAAGGUCGAUCGUGUACUAUACUACUACUUAGUUCACAAAGAUCUUAGCUUGGAUUCUGGGAUUGUUUUGCUUUCGGAUAUAAGUGAGAGAAAACAUUCUAUUUCUUUUUUUAAUAAUUUCAGGUGAGAUUCAGGUACUUGAAACUCUCCAAAUUGAGUUUUGACAUUUUGGGUUUCAAUUAUCCAAAAAUUUGACUUAUCUAGCAAGAUUUCACUUAUAAAUUUGACAAUUUGACUUUUGGGUUUUACAUUUAUUUUCAUUGGGAUCUAGCUUGUGUUGCCAAGUGAAUCUAAGCUUUGGGUUCUCAGAAUCUUAACCAAAAAUUUUGAGCCUUUUCUUCUUCCCUGUUUCAGCAAGCUCCAAAUCGACCUGAUUUAGCUCAAUUUUGUAGAUUUUAGAGUAUCCUUCACCUGGGUUUGCGAUCUAGUUAGCUGGAUUGCUGUUGCUUUUCUUUGAUUUGUAAUUUCCUACCAUCCAAUUAAAGUAAAAAAAGAAAAAAGAAAAAAGAAAAUUCUGCAGCUGAUAAUCUGGCCAGUAGAAACACUCUUUUUUGAUAGCAAACAUAUAUACAUAUAAAGCUUAGUUUUUCUUCUUAUCGAUUCUUGCUGUGCAAUUGGCAAUGAUGGGAGGAAAAAUUAGCAAGAAAACUUCUGGUGAUGCUCCACCACCACCACCGCCACCACCGCCACCAGCAGAAGCAGCAGCACCAGCACAACUCCUCCAAAUAAAUGCUGAUGCCACUUUCAAUGUUGAUCUUAGCUCUUAUGAGGCGGCGUGUAUGCUUGAUCCAACCUUGCAGUCCUUUGAUGCUACUAUCCAAGCGCACACCAACAGGGUCAUCAGCUCGCUUGCCACUGGGGUCGAGGUACGGUCCCUAUCUUUUGAUGCACUCAGAGAAGUCACAAAUAGUCUGCUAGAAAUGAACCAGGACGUGGUUAAAGUCAUUCUAGACUGUCAGAAAGAUGUGUGGAAAAAUCGAGAAAUGUUCUCAUUGGUGGAGAUUUACUUUGACAACAGUCAAAAAACAUUGGAGUUCUGUACAGCCCUUGAGAACUGCCUGAAGCGCACACGUGAUAACCAGUUGAUGAUGAUUCAACUUGCGGUUAGUCAUUUUGAGGAAGAAGUAGGAGAUGGGGUUGAUGGGGAGAAGUAUGUGAAGACAUUGCAAGAGUUAAGGAAAUUUAAGGCGGCCGGGGACCCUUUUACAGAAGGGUUUUUUGAGCUGUUUCAAUCGGUUUAUAAUCAGCAUCUUUCAAUGUUUUCCAAGUUGCAGCAGAGGAAGGGAACGUUAGAUAAGAAAUUGAAAUCUGUGAAGACGUGGAGAAGAGUGUCGAAUGUCAUUUUUGUUUCUGCCUUUGUGUCUGUGUUGAUAUUCUCUGUGGUGGCAGCGGCCAUGGCUGCUCCGCCUGUUGUAACAGCUUUGGCAGCUGCAUUGGCUGUUCCAAUGGGCCCAGUGGGAAAAUGGUGUAACUCACUUUGGAAGCGCUAUGAGACUGCACUGAAAGGACAAAGGGAGGUAAUCAGCACAAUGCAUGUUGGCACUUUUAUUACAAUGAAGGACUUGGAAAGCAUUCGAGUACUUGUCAGCAAAGUGGAAAUUAAGGUUGAGUCACUGAUGCAGAAUGUUGAUUUUGCUCUUAGAGAAGAGGAGGCGGUGAAGCUUGCAAUGGAUGAGAUCAAAAAGAAGCUGGAAGAGUUUAUGGAUGCCAUUCAGAAGUUAAGUCAGCAUGGUGAUAAGUGUAGCCAGGAAAUAACAAGGGCAAGGACGGUGCUUUUACGGAAGAUAAUGAAAACUCCAAACAACUGAAGAACACAUUGGUGGAAUUUGAUCUCAAGUCCCUUGUUUGAUGACAACAUACUUUAUCAGUUAAGCCAAUUGACACCUACAAUUGCCCUUUUUAUUUUCCUGAUUGUCUUUAAUGUUUUUGAUAUGAUAUAUUAGCUUGUUUGAAUUUCUCUUAAGUAUGAUCAGAGGAGAGAGAUUAAUGCACUGAUAAGAAAGAGUGAGUUGAUUCAAGUUGAGAGAACAAGAAAAAGUAAGGGAAGACCAAAUAUAACAUUUGUAAAUGUGUUUAAAAAGUACAUAUCAAUUAAGGAAGUGACAGAGACUACGAUUUUGGAUAGAAUAGAAUGGAAAAAAAUAAUACAUAUAACCGACCUUGAUUAAUUUAUUAAGGAUCCAUAGCAGAAAUCAAAAGUUAAUUGAGGAUCCAUAGCUUUGUUAUGAAUUUCUCUUAGCCCUUCUCUUACCAAAUUUCCCUUGGCUAAUGAGGCUAAUGACCGUUGCCUUUUCUCUUAAGGGGCAAUUAAAAAUAAGUUCAUCCUCUACUAGAUUUGUUUUUGUUGGUGUACCAUGCAUAUCACAUUUAGUACAUGUUGAUAUCCUAGAUUGUUUGAAAUCAUGGAACAUUAAUUGACCUUGAUUUUAGUCCAACCUAGGGAUUCUCCUAAGUCAAUUUAGUUCCAAUAUAUACCCUAUAUAGAGAUCACUGUAAAACAACAAUUUUGAAUAGUAAAAAUGUAGCUGCUAAGGGCUUUUUAUUGCAGAUGCAGGCUGUUGGGCAAAACCACGUAAUACUCCUUGUUUCCUCUCUUGCCUUUUCUCUCUCUAUAUCUUUUAUUUUCUUCGUAUUGUUUUAAUAGUUUUUGUUGAACACAUAGAGAGAGACCGAGAAAGAGUUUAGUGAUUUCUUAACACCAUUAAUUUGGAUUGAAUUAGUAUUAAGCAUAUAAGUUUGUAUUUUGUGAAUGAUGUAUGAGUGUUGUACUUAUGGCCCAUGAAAUGAGCAUAGUUGUAAUAUUCUUAUAACCUGUAGUAGAAAUUGGUUAGGCAGUGACUAAUCUAGAGUCUAGUGACUGUUUUGCAUUCAUUCCUUGGGUAUCUCUUUAUGGUACUGAAGCUCUAGGUUCUUUUCUUAGUGGAUUCUCAUGGUUCCACUUGAUCCAGCCCUUAAGCUUCCUUCCUUUCCUUUUCGUCUUCAGCUGCUACUCCUUUUUUGUUCAUCAAUAUUGAGAGUUAUGUUCGCAUUGAAUCCACUUAUUCAACCUAUCUUGUUUGAAAAUCCCUUGUUAUUCCGGUUUUGAAGAGCUUUAAGCUUAAUGGUGAUAUUAGUGGCCAAUUCAUUUGCCCUUCUCCUUGUUGGAAAACCUUCAGCCGAAAAGAGUUUUAAAUCUAGAAUAUUUUCUUUGGAUGCAGUAAGACAUACAGUUGUCUCCUGGUUAAAUACUACUACUCUGUAGAUAUUUUAGAAGGUGUUCUUGGUACUGACUCUUUACUGCUUGCUCCCAGUACUUGCCUUGCUAUUGAGAAGCUUUUUAUGGACUAAGUGGCUUCUUGUCAACCAAAUUAAACUUCAGUUUGAAACAUUGACAAAGGAGGUGCUUUCUAAGUUUUCUUUUCUUCCAAAAAUUGUAAAAUGUUAGUGUUUCUCUGAGAACCAUUAGACACCUAGUCCCAAAAUCUGAUUUGGCAUUAUGUCUUUUUGAUUUAUUAUCUGAACACGAGCUUUGCCAGUUGCUGUGACUACCAGAGACCAACUUCCAACUUCUGAUGAUUUGCGUCCACCACUUCUCAAUCAAGAAAUUUAUCUUCAGCAGUUUCAUCCUAAGGUUGCUUUAGAUAAUUCCACUGCUUUUAUCUCUGCUACCACUCGCAUGCCUAACUAGGGUCAUCAAAACUCAAACUCUAGUGGACAUUAUGGUCUUAGUUCCAGUUUAUGUAUUAAAUUAUUAAUGAAAUUUUUUACCUCUUUGCAAUCUUUGAGCUUUACAAAC